UCUCUCCUCUCCACUGAAAAAAAUAGAAAAAAAAUUUCGCUUGCAGUCAAAAACAAUGAGGGCGCACGACGCGCAACUCGCUCCCAGCCGCUCAGCCAGCAGCGCACUUUUACCUCCCGGAGGAUCCGUGGCGUGUGGCUGUGCGCCGCCCGGAGGGAGAAGGUCCACGGGGAUAUAACUUGACUGUCUGAGGAGUUUGAUAUUUUUGGAAUCAGAGGAGGCGGGAGAGAGAAAUCAUGCCUUUUUGUAAACGCACGAUACUUCCGAAAGAUGUGUGCAAGCCCGACGGCAAGAGGCUGCAGCAGCAGCAGGAGCAGGGGGAGAUUUUUGGGGACUUGGCGGACGUGUGCAGCUUCACCCUGUGCUCGGUGCUCCGACAGCUCUCGGAUUUGUCCCGGCACUCGGUGAGCAUCCUGGAGGAGCUGGAGGGAGACCUUGUGUCCAUCUGCCACCGGUCCUGCGCGCUGGAGGGCAGAGUGGUCCGACUGCAGAGGCACGUCGCAGAGCUGGUCAGCAAACCUCCACCGAGAACCACCAGCGGACUAGAGGCAGAGAGCGGCAGGCGCGGUGGCAGCAGCAGCAGCCACGGCGAUGGAAACCACAGCAGCAGCAGCGGCGGCGGCGGAGGCAGCAGCAGCAGCGGCGGCGCGGCCCACUUCAGGUCUCCAUGGCAACAGAGCGUGAACGUGUUCGGCUCGUGGAGCAGGCCGGAGUGUGUCGAGGAGCUGCACCAGCAGGCGCAGCUCAACCUCCAGAGCCUGCUGCAAGAGUUUGAGGAGCAGUUGUACGACACCAAGCUGACCGGUCAGACUUUCCGGCAUCCGUCCUCACAGAGCUCCGACGACACGUCCACCUCCCUCAGCCGAUCGCCCAUCUCCCUCAACAACAAGAGGCCCGACUUCAUCUUUCUGCCAGCGUCAAAGCAGCUCUACGAUGAUGAAACCACCUCCUCUGUGUUUGGUCUGAGGUCCAUUACCGACCUAUCUCCAUCCCCGUCUCCAUCCCCCUGCAGCUCAGACCGGCCCCCUCUAGGCUGGAGCAGUAACAACAGUAGCAGCAGUACUGCCACGUCGGCCACUACCGGACCGCCAGUCGCCGAAAAACCUCGCUGGCACCUGGGAAGACGCACACCGGCACACUUCUUACCACUCGACAUCACAGGUGAAGGGAGAGCAUUGAAAUUCCACGGUGUUGAUCUUCUCCAGCACUCUCCGUCCCCUUCCCCCUUUCCCGGGGACCCCUUCCCCCACCAGCCCCACUCCCUGGAGCCUGUUACCGACACACCGCACCAGAACCUCCCACUGAGGAAGACACACUCUGACCUCGACACAACCUUACCUGCAGACAACCGUUUGGGGCUGCCUGCCCCAGAUCAGCUUCACCCAGAAACUAUGGACCAUUCUGGGCUGCUCUGCUCAAAUACACCCACCGCUUCCUGGAACGGACCCAAGGGUUCCACCUUUUCUCCUGGAGCGUGGAACGAGCCUUACAAUUACAGUAAGAACAAAGGACCAGCGGUACCACCCAAACAGCACAGUAUCAUCGGAGGAGGGACCCAGGAGGGGGUGAUGCUGGUGAGCUCAGGACAUUCAAGCUCAUUCAAGACUGUGACAGACCCUUCUCGGAGACCAUUGAAUAACAUGGACAUAGGAAAGCGGAGUGAGACAGAGGGGGCUGCAGCGGAUGGAGGAAGAGGGGGAGGAGGAGGGGAAGCAGUGAGAGGACGGGAGAGGUCGGCACGUUCCAUAGCAGCACAGAAUGCUUUCAAGUUUCGAGAGCGUUCCCUUUCCACACCCACAGAUUCUGGAUCUUUUUGUUUCACAGAGGGUGUUUUAGGCCAUCCGGAUGGUAAUAUAACAUCUACAGGAAAUGGGAAUACUAUGGACCACCAACAAGAGCAUCACAACUUCCUCGGCUUAGCUGAGAAUUACGCCCUUCUCUACCCCAGAGGGAGCUCAGAAGACAGCGCAAGUACGACUGACACAAUCUCCGUCACAGCUUCAGACUACAGCACAGAAGGCCGUUUGCGCCUACGUUCCCGCUCCAUCUCCCUUAAAAAAUCCAAACGAAAGCCACCACCCCCUGUGAGGAGUGUCUCUCUUAUGAAAAAUCUUGGAGAAGCUGAGGGCAGAAUACACCAUCAAAGUGGUCUUUACAGAGAUGGCCGACCAAAGAGCCUGCACAUCCCCAGGGAUCACUUCCCUGACUUUCAGCCAGAUUUCCUUCUGCCCAACCUGCCUAAAACCAGUAUUGGUGAGCGAGAGCCAGGCCAAGGAGGGAAUGACAGACCUCCAAGUCUAGAGGUCCAGGCACCAGAGAGGGAGGGGGAGACAGAAAUGACUUUUCCCAUGCACUGGCAGCUAGGGGAGUGGAAGAGCAAUGACCCUUACAGGUCUCUGUCAGGCUCCAGCACAGCAACAGGUACCACAGUGAUCGAAUGUAUGAAAGUCAGAGGCAGCUCAGAGUCCCUUCUUGACUCUCCCUCCACCUCGAGAGCCACAUCACCCUCACAGCUUUCCAUGGAGACUGACAUCAAGGCAUCAUCCCCCUUCAAACCUCCAGGACUUAUGUCCCCAUCAAGUGGCUAUUCCAGCCAGUCAGAGACUCCCACGCCAACUGUUCCACUCAGUCAACUGGCAGGUCAGGGGACUGUGGGUACAACAGGAUGUAAGAUGCGCCCCAAGAUCCCAGAGAGGAAAUCAUCUCUACCAUCACCCAAGGAUCCAGCUGCUAGGUCUAGACUGUCCUUUGAAAUGCCUGGGAAUGCACAUCUGGAGCUUUCGUCCAUCAAGCCAAAACAAAAGGCCAGCCGGCGGCAUUCUGACACUUCGACAGCAGCAAAGCCAGGAAAGAUCAGCCCGAGUUCCUCACAGGCAUUGCCUAUGGUUACCCAGAAUGAGCUAAAGACUGUUCGGCUUCGCUCAGUUUCUCGUGGAGACCAAGAAGACUGCCCUGAUGGAGCCUCUGACACCAUCGAAGAGGAACAGCAUGGCCGCGACAUAGGCGAAGAUCCCAGCCCACCACCCACGCUACCAAAACCUAAACCUCCUGUUGCAGUUAAGCCUCCCUUACCUAAACGGCCCAUGAACCUUCUUCUCAAGUCUCCUUCUCCAUCCUCCACUUCCCCUCUGGCGCUUGACUCGCCUCCUGCCUCACCUGUAGACCGACCAGUGCCUCUAGGCAACAUCUACAAAGUCAUGAAAAAGCCAAAACCCAAAAAACCUCCACCACAAGCUCCAACAAAUCCCACUAUUCUGUCAGAUUCAAACUCUAUGACUGCUCCACAAACUGCCUACGAUCAAUCGUUCCUCCCCCUAUCCCAGUCCCUGUUUGAUCUCCCUCCUCUCCCAGACCCUCAGCCUCUCCUAGAAGAUCCAGUUUUGGAGCCUGAAUUUGAUGUUGACCAAGAGAUUCGUCUUGGCCCCGAAGAUGGAGGCUCACUCCCUUCACCUUGCAGCAAUCUGGAGGCCCCAGAACUUCAGGACAAGAGCAAGACGCUACCCUCAAGGAUGACAGUCUCCUGCCUGGCAGAGCUGUCAGACAAAAAGAAACCCAAGGUUCCACCUCCAGUCCCCAAGAAGCCAAAUGUUCUGCUUCUUCCCACGUCUGUCCACUCCUCCACUAAUGGCAGCACAGACCGUCAGACGCCACAGACUGACAGCCCCGUGGGCCUUCGGUCUCCGGUAGGAACAUUCCCACCAGAUGAUAUUCUCAAUGCUCCUAGUGUUCCCGACAUGCCUGAGCAAGAUGAGAACCACUUGGGAACAGAUGAAGAAAGUUCCAAAGAGUCAUCACUACAAUCCUCUCUUCAAGAUUCCUCUCUCACAGAGCUGGAAGGGAAGAUGGCUGGUACUGGGAUUGGAACAGAUGAACCAGCAGCCUGUGAAAAGACUGUACUGCACAUCGAAGAGGAAACAGAUGACGACUUGUUGGCGAGCACACCUACAACACACACCACCGAAGACCUCUUCACUAUUAUACACAGGUCCAAACGAAAGGUCCUGGGUCGCAAGGAGCCUUCCGAUUCCUUCGGCAGUCGCCAGAGCUUGGUGUCACCGGUGAAGCACAGCACCAGCGGUAGCGACCUCCGAAAUCUGACCUUGGGCAGCCAGAGGUCGAGCUCCCGCAAUGAGAACUUCAUGGCCCUCCUUCAGAAGAAAGGCAACAAGUCUUCCAGCGGAGGAGCCAGAGUCUCUGCCAUGGAGCUUCUAAAAAGCACAAACCCCCUGGCCCGACGCGUCACGGAGUUUUCAGCCAACACGGCGUCGAAUGCCGAGGGAGGAGAGACAACGGCUGGGAACGACAAACCCAGCGAUCAGUGAACUGAAGCGUCUACGCAGAUGUAAACCAGGUCUGUUUGCUGUCGACAAAGCUACCAACCAAUUCCACGGCCUGCCACCCUAUGGGGGACGGGGCCAUUUGACAAACAUGUCCAACCAGAUCGCUCCAACUACUGAUUGACCAUUUGCACUGUCCAAUCAAAUUGGAGCACACUUUUGGACAAAAUGGUCCCUCCCACGGUUGGAGCACUGUUGUUCCGAGUCAAACCGGCCCCUCUAGGAAAGCAAGACAUCAACGGAGAGAAAAGUAGGUUCUCACAAUAUAGUCAAUGAAAGGUGGAGGCUUUGAGGUCAUGCUUCUAAACUGCACUGCACUAUCUUUUCCUCAUUGGGAAUUUGUUCAGUGUGGAGGCUAGGUGGGUGGAGCAGACACUGGGAAUGUAAAGAUACACAGCAGGUAUCUUUACUCCUGGGCUUCUUCCAGAUGAAUACAACAAAAAACCCUGAUGACUACGGGGGAGUGUAUCUGAACCUGUGACCAUAUUAAUCCCCCCUAAAGAGGAAUCUGAUCAAUCCAGGAAACAAAUGGAAUAAAAACACUUAAGAUACAAGACUUUAACACAAUUUACCCUCGAUUCUACCAAACCCCUUGAGCUAGCAGCGCUACAGGUCCAUCACCUGUGGACCACUGAGACAGGAAAUAUUCCCAAACCUUGGACCUUGUGGUUCCGUCUUCUCUCCACGGUGAAUGCGACACCACAGCAGCCCUCUCAGCUCCAGACAGACAGAAUAUAAAAGAGCAGGAUUUACGAAGAGAAACCACAAGGCGGGGGCACGCUUUUUGCCACCAAAGAUGAGGCAUGAGCAUACCACACGUGUUAUCGCUCGUGCUGUCAACACGAACACGGACCUUCACAAAACAUUCCACAAAGGCGCUCGGCAAACGGACCACAUUCUUGGAACAUAAGCACUUUUUCCCCCCUUAUUGGUGUCGCAGGUCGUUUACACGGCGCAAACGCUGCACCGCUACCUGUUCCCUCAUCUGUUACUAUCUUUUCGCUCUUUCUUUGGAUGCUUUAUUUUUUUUGUUCUUUUUGCAUAUAUUUUUUCUUAAACAUACCCAGUGGCCAUAUACUGUACAUGUUAAAUUGGAUCAUACUGUAAUGUAUCAUGUACAAAGAUAAAUGUAACGCAUCUAUCAACAGCUAUCAUCCGCAGACACAAAGACUAUAAAUAGUGUACAAAGCAGCAAGAAGAUUGGACUACAAACUGCCCACGCAGUGAAGGGAAUACACACACUCAAACACACACACGCGCAAAGACUGCCAAGCAAAAUGUUACUGAAGACAAACAAACAAAACAUGGAGAAAAAAAGAAGACCAAUCUACACACAAGUGUGUGUGUGUUCAUACAAAGAGUGUGCGGAGGAUGUCAUGCCUGUGGAGUUUCUGUACGGAGAGCAUGAAGCAGGCCUGCUUAUUAAACAGGGUUUUUAUUCAUUUUGGUCUCUGGUGUUGGGACCAAAGGACUGUUAAAAACUACAAACAGACCAGAGGGGACCUAAAGGUGUGUGUGUGUGUGCAUGUGUGUGUGUUUGCAAAAGAGGAAAGUGCCAAGAACAAAGCAAGGGGAGGGAAAAGACAGACGGGGUGAGUGCAUGUAUGUGUGCAUUUACAUUUUUCAUGUCACACAUUUUUGUGUGUGUGUGUGCGUGCAAAUUAUCACAACACCCUCCCACCUUCCUUUUUUAUUAAGGAUUAGGAUUGAAGUGACCUCAACAUUGUCACAUAAAGAUUCCAGAACAAAGAGGGUUUCAGAAAUCAGUGUAUGGGUAUAGGAACGUAAACAUUCCAGAACGUCUGUACGAGUUUGGAAUUCUUGGAUGCCCAGGUUUUAGCCUGAGAACCGGGAGGAUGGAUGAGAAUCAAAUUCCCCUCUGUGUGUCCGUCCGUGGUGUUGUGGAGUGACGUGGUGUGAAAGACUUUCCGGUUUUUUUUUCACCCUCCUCCACCUCCUCCUCCUCCGCCGUCUCUUUGGUCACAGAGAGGAGGUGACGUCUGCGCCACCUUCCUCCUCCUCCUCCUCUUCCUCCUCACCACUCACUGUUCUCCUCCUUUUUUCAUCACUGCUGGAGCACACACUCCAUCUGUCUCUCUUUUUCUCUGCUCUAACCUCUUUUCUGGCACAUAGCACGCACUCUCUCUUUUUCUUCCCCUGCGUGUUCAUCCUCUCUCACUCUCAGUAGCAGCACCUCUCUUUCACCUUUCUCUCGCCCUCCCUCCAUCUUUCACUGCCCUUCUUCCCUUCUCUUUUAACCUUCUCCCCAUCAUCUUCCAUCGCCGCCUUCCCGCCUCUCCCAUCUCUUUUCUCUCUCUCCCUCCUCCGCCUCUCCACCUCUCUCUGCAUUCAGUCUAUGCAUCUGAGCUCAGCAGAAGACGCGACACCGGAUGAAUGUCAAUGAAUGACUGUUAAAGAAAAUAGAUGCUGUUUUUAGUUUGAGCGUGCAAAAAGCAUUUUCUAUCAGCGCUUAUCUUCUGCCUUCUUUCUCUCGAGUUUUUAUCAUUUGUUUUCUCUCCUUUUAGUAUCCAUGUAACAUGGAAUUGCCAUGGAUGAAUGAACAAAUGAAUGAAUGGUUGGGAUCUGUGUACUUACACGGAAACAGGAAAAGUUUGAGUGUGGGUUUUUUUUCGGGGGUUUUUAUUUUUCAUUAAGGACCUUGACUUUUGGGACCGGACAAAAUGCCCCACGGUCUUUGAUCCAUGGACCCACCGAUCAGUUUGUCCAUGCCUGUGUGGACAGCCUAGUUGACUCUGAUCAGCGGUGGUUCAGCUCUGACACUUGACUAACCCGCUGCAUGGAUGGACUGCGAAAAAUGGAGGAGGGGAACCUUUCAUCUCCUGACUCCCAGUUGGCAAACUUAUUUCUCGGUGCUAUUGAGUCAGAGCUCCCCCUGGUGGACGGAAAAAGAGGACCCACAGAGAAAAAAACUUGAGAUACAUCUCUCUUCCCUACAGCAGUCCUUCAGGUAUUCCAUCAUCCUGAAAAAAAAAGCAUAAAUUAUCACCAUUUAUGAUGACUAGUCAAGUGACGCUUGUUUUAAAUAUUUAGUGAAUGAAAAAAGAUAAACCUAUAAAACUCUGUGUUUGUUUGCCUUGUAUACUGAAUUAUAGGCGUGUUGCUGCAGCGCCUACUGUGUUUUUUGGGUUUUUUUUACAUUUUCUUUUGAUUUUAUUUCUUAUUUCAGCUGCCUUGGAAGUACAUACACACCCCAAUGUAACUUUUUUGGGUAAAUCUUGCCAAAAUUGCACUAUAGUGCAUGUGUAAAAGGGAGCAGUUCCAUGUAAUCUGGCAAACAAUUGCCCAAAUCUGCAUUCACAUACAGGCAGAGUGUGGCUGUGAAGACUCAUUUGCCUCAGAGCAUAUAAGUCGCAGACAUAGGAUAAGUGAACUGGGUUGUUAAGAAGAAGCGAGGGCCAAUAGAUGGAUAAAAACAAACAAAAAAAACCCUGCGAAGAUUGUUUCUGUGCUAAACCCAGCGGGGCGGGAGCCGACUAGGAAGAUACAAGUACAGCGUUAGGAGCAAAAGGAUGUGUUGUUCCAGCACUGUAACAUGUGGUGUGAAGAGAGACGUACUUUCAUCUAAAAAAGCGCCAGGCUGUCGAACAGGGUGUUCACUUACGGUGUGUGUUGAGGAUCAAAAAAAGUGUGUUUUUGACUUUUUAUGUAGGCAGACAGCAGAUUCUCUUUAAUCGGGGAGGAAAGAGAGAUAAAAACAAACAGGAACACAUGGGUGCACUGGUAAGAAAAAAAAAAGUGUUAUCCCUUAUGUGGGGAUCUAGCCAUUUACUAUUAAGAAAAACCUGAUUUUUUGCAGGUUUUGUAAAUGUUUCUUGGAGACAGGAGUUCCUUCAGAAGCUGAAAUAAUCUCGUUAAUUCAGUUAAUCUUCAAAGUGUGGGGCUAAAAGGUCCUGCUGGGACAGAACAGCCAACUUUUCUGUGAUUCUGAAAAGCUACUAAGGGUGCAAUAUAUUAGUUGUCAGUGCAAGAUGGUGGUGGUGGUUCUGCCUACACAGCAGCUACGCCUCGAAGAAAUUCUCUAAAAUAUAUUGGCAACAUACUGUUUUGAAAAUGACAUUUUUUUAUGAAGUGUGAAAGAGAGAUGACAGGAGGAAUAUAUGGAAUAUCUAAAGCAUUAUCCCUCCUUCAGGAGGAGAAUAAGGAAGAUAGGAAGGAGGGAAAAUGAGUGUGCAGAGCCGAGGUUAGACUCUGCUGAAUGUGGGGAUUACCACGCUGAAAUUCAUAACGCAGUCUAUCAUCUUUCCCUUCACCUCCUCUCUCUCUCUCUUCCUUCUCAGCUGUCCCGUGAGUCAGAGAAGCAAUCGCACUAAAAGCUUUUUCUUCUCUCAACCUCUGUUGUUUUUUUUUCCUUUUUGCCUCCCUGCGCGUUGAUAAAAGGUACAAGAAAGCAAGAAAGGAAGGAGGAAGGCGCUGCAAUGGCUCGCUAAUUACUUUGGUUUAAUUUUUACAUUUCAGGCCUCUGCAGAUAUCGAGCAGCCAAACAGGAAUCAGUUGCUAGGAAACGUAAAUAAAAAGCAGCAGAGAAAAUUUGGAAGUUAAGUUGAGAGAGCGGGAGUUCAGGCAAGGAUAAUUUCCUCAUAGGCAAAAGGAAAGAUCACACUUUAUCCAAAUAAGCUACAAAAUAAUAAAAUUUGAUGACAUUAAUUUGUUAAGUACUUUAUGAGUACAGCUGCUACCAGUGAGAGCGGAGCCAGACCAGAACAAACAAAUAACACAAUCCCCUCCAGCACAAAGUUGACCGCAACUCAUCUGCAGGACUAAGAAAUAUAAUUUGUAUAAUAAUUAUAAUUCUGAAAAAACCCUGAAAACCAAAACCCAUUUCUGUCAUCGCUGCUUCCCCCCUCCUCCGUUUAAUGCUUUAAUCCCAUCUCCCAUCAAGUGAAAUCCAGCACUGAAAAAUGAAGCCAAGCAGAAGUGGUAAAAACUGCAGUUCCUCUAACGGCCACUUGAGGCUUGAUGUUAGUUCAACACGUUUCGUAACUGCAAUUAUAGUAUUUUAUUUGUCUAUUAUAUUUGCACUAUUUAUCGAGUAUAUAUCUGUGUCUGUGCAUUGCCCUCUAGUUCACAAUUACAACUUAACCAGGCUAGCUAGCUGAUAUCUUAGCUGAUAGUGAUCAAAUGCUAGCUUAAAGCCUUCAAAAUCCAACGGGUGAUUUCACAUCAGCUACAUCCAUUUUUUAUUCGUUGUCUGGGAACCCAUCAGAUAUCUGCCACAUAAACCAGACAAUGAAAAAUUAAAAAUAUAUCCUAAUAAACUCACUGGCGUACUGAGAUAACUGCCGAUAAUAUGUGAAUAGUCAUUGUGAGACCUCUUGACUGAAAAUGAGUGACUGAGCUCAUAAACUCAGUGUGUUUACAGAGCUCAAGACUGAGCCGAUAUCCCAUAGACUUCUAUAGGACCAAGAGGUUUUUUUUUAACAAUCGCAGCUAUCGCCCUCUGGUGGCCUUCAGAUAUAAUGCAGGAUUAAGGCACUUCUGCAUCACCUUCAUUUUUCUGACAUUAAUGUCCAUGUUUUGUAAAACAUAAGUAUAAGAUUUUGAGUCACAUCAUUUAGACACCUAGUCAAUAGUCAGUGUGGUUGUUAGCCUUCAAAGUAAAUGGAUCUGGAAAUGGAUCAAAAGUAUUGCUUAGCAGAGAGGUUAAGGUCUUAAAGAUACAAUCAGAGCUCAGCUGUACAUACAGAGACAUCUUUUUAAGAAAAAAUCAACAGCAGUGUGAGUUUACAAUCCCAAUAUUGUCAACAAAUUAAUAAAUAAAUGCUUUAUACUUUACAGUGGGUAGAAAAAAACACUUUGCUGCUACCUCUUUGAGAUAUAUAUUAAGCUACUUAUCACAUAAAAAUAUCAGGACUUUGUUCUAUUUUUGAACAGUCUCGGCUUUAUGAGCAAGCGAUUGACAGUAACAAUAAGAAAUAGAUGCUGUGGCUGCAGAUUUGGGCCAAAAGACUUUGUUGUGUUUGCUUCAGGAGUGACAGAUGGGUGAGGUUUACUGUGUUUUUGUACUUUGCAGUGGACAAACAGCCCAUAAAGUCCAUCACUGAUAAACUCCAUCCUCUUUACUCCCCAAGCAAAGUGAGAUAAACAACCCCCUCAAACCCAAUUUAAACCCCAGUAUUGGGGGCUGUACAGGCAGCUUAUAAAGACACAGAGAUGAUAAUUAGAGAGACCUAGAGAAAGAGAGACAGACAGAGAUAUUGGAAUUAUUCUAUUUUUGUUAUUCCUCGUUGAAAAAUACAUAUUUAAAGGAAUAUUCCAUGUAUGUAUUGAAUAACCCCUGUUUUCUUGCCCCAUCCAAUGGUGUAAUCUGUUGCUGCGAGGUGGCGUCUCACACAAACGCUUCCUUCUGCAGCUCUGCAAUGCCAAUGUGAUGAAAUUAUUAUGAAAUCAUUAUAAAUAAAUUAUUUUUCUUGCUUAAAAAAAAAA